GGUAUUGAUUUAUGGCGUCUGAAUUAGAAGCAUAUGUUGGUCGAAUGGUAAAUGUUAUAACAUCAGAUGGAAGAACUAUUGUGGGUACAUUAAAAGGAUUUGAUAAUGUCGUCAAUCUUGUUAUCAAAGAUAGUCAUGAAAGAGUUUUCAGUCCAACUGAAGGUGUUGAGCAAGUCCCAUUGGGUUUAUUUAUUAUUCGAGGACAGAAUGUGUAAGUUCAAUGUGAUAUAAAGCCAUUGUUAAUUGCAAAAGUACUAAUUCUGAGGUUGAAACUUUAUAAAAUGCAAGAUUUAUUCGUAUUAUGCUAUUUUUCAGGGCUGUAGUCGGAGAACUUGAUGAAGAUCUAGACAGGCGAAUUGAUUUUUCACAACUGCGUGCUGAACCUCUUAAUCCUGUUGUACAUUAAUUGUCUAUAUAUAAAAAAUAGAUUGCUUUUAUUUGUAGU